UAUGCAGAAGAAUCCUAUAUUGUUGACGAAGUUGAGGACUCUUAAAAAGCAACAUCUGGAGAUGAGCGAAGUCGUUCAGCUACUGAAUAGCACGUGUAGCAUGCAAAUCGAAGCCAUGUUAACAAUAAUGUUCAUCGACAUUACGUUCAAUAUGUACAAUUAUUUAUCCAUGCACAAAGAAAUGGGCGAGGUGAAAUCGCUGGCUCUUAUUCUGGGCUACGCGAUUUAUUACAUCGUACACGUAAUUAUAACAGUCUCGAUAGUUGAAAGUACCAGAAGCCAAAUGACAAAAAUUGGCUCCAGCGUUCAUCGAAUUCUUGUACAUACUUUCGAUGAUCAGGUGACGACGGAGUUGCAGUUCUUUUCGUUGCAAGUGCUGCAAAAGGGUAACGUGUUCGUGAUGAAGGGACUCAUAAUAGACGCAACCCUUUUGACAAAGAUGGCGUGCGGCAUUACCACUUUUUUGUUAGUAUUAAUACAAUUCUUAUUCGUCGAAUCUUGUUGAUGAGAAGUUUCAAUUAGUAAACUUCUGUAUUAAUGGAGGAAAUGUAUCUAAGAAAUAAUUUGCUUAGAAAAAUUGGGAAAAUUAGUUUAUAAUGGAUCAAUUUUUUUUUCGUAAUAAAGUGGCAUGUUUAAUCGCGUUGAAGCUCCGUAUUAUUUAUUUACAUGUUUCAUUAUCGAAUUGCAUUUUUUUGUGUUGUAAUGAAUAAUUUACAAAAUCUACAAAAUCUCUCCGUCUUACAAAGCAAUAGUCGUUUAUGAAGGACAAUAGUCGAUCUACAUUCAUUCCUAAAUUCUUUCACUGAUAUCGAAUUUCUUCGAGACUACCAUUUAAUGAUGUCAAAAAAUAUGGCAGAAGUUAAAGAACUGAAGAAACGUAGAACAUGGACGUUAUUAAGAGCAACAGACUUUGAAUUGCUUGUGUACCCUUGUUUUUGCAUUUGUUGACUGCUCGGAUAUCUUUUUUACAUGUUCGAACCUUCAGGAUACCCUCUUUUGAAGGGCUGUUCCGCUUUUUCUACGUCUAUGAUGUUCAUUUUCGUAUUCUCGUUAUUAUUCACAAUCUACGAAAUAAACAUUGGCACGAGAAUAAACUAUAGCGUACUAGACUCGAUUCACGGGAACAUGUACACGUUCUUAGAUGGGGUCGUAAUCUUGAUGAUGUAUUUGUUAAUUGGCGCUCGAAUAUCGUUGAUCGAAUAUCGGUCAAAGACCAGCUCGAUAUUUUCGACAAAGGAUUUCAGAGAUUCAUCUAAAGCGAUUCAGGCUUAGGACAUUUUAUGUUUCUUAUUUUUCGCCAUCCAUAUACCAGACUGUUUUAAACACAUUAUUUUCCUGACUCUGCGGAAUCUUAUCAACAUGUACAUAUUGAUGGUCAACUCAUCGAUGGACACGUUCUACACUACUGCAUGUGCAUUUUGAAAGCUUGCUUUAAUAAAAUCGACGAAUGUAUACAAUAACUGAAACAGCUUUCACUGAAUGAUGAUAUACAGAUGCACACGUAUAUGCGUCAUAGACAGCUAAGUCCAUUGUUGGUGAUAAACUGAAGAAUUUAGAGGAAAAACAUUUGGAAAUCAGUGAUGGGAUGGAAUUGUUGAACCAUACGUUUGUGACAGUCACAGCUAUCACAACGUUCACCGUGGUCACUUUCGUUAUAUAUUUCUAUAUAAUACAUUCAUAGAACGAAUUUCCUGUGAAUAUCAAGUUCUGGUACAAAGACUAUGUUACGCCAGCCGCUUUCUACUCUAUCAAGUUUGGGAUGAUGAUUUGGGCGUGUGAAUCGAGCGAAGAAAAUGAAGACGACGCUUUAGGAUGUCGCCAGUGCUACAAACGAUCCAUUCGUGAGACGCGAGGUAACAAUUUAAUUAUAGUAAUAC